GUAGGCGCGGUGGCCAUGGCGACGCGGGGCGGCGGGGCCGCGGCGGGCGCCGCGCUGCUCGUGGCGCUGUCGGCGGCGCUGCCCCGCGCCCGCGGCUUCUCCCUGCCGCUCCAGCGCCCCGCCGACUGCGGCCCCGACCUCUACUUCGACAGCUCCCGCCUGGCCUGCGCGCCCUGCGGGGCCCACCAGCGGCAGAGCGCCGGCGGUAGUUCCUGUGAAUGUGAGCCAGGAUACAGGAUGGUUUCUAGUAAUGAUGGGUUCUCUGUUACUUGUGAAAAAUGCCCAGAAAAUAUGAGUGGAGUUACUCAAGAUGGAUGGAAUUGUAUUACUUGCCCCAAAGGCCUGACUUCAAAAGGAAAUUGCAAAUGCCCCAGUAAUGAAAUACUAGUGGAAAGAAGCGUCGAUGGUGUUCUGCUUGAUGAAGCCUUGUGCAUGCAUUGUAAUGGAAGUGAGCAGUCCUUCUCUGCCCCAGAUGCAUCAGGAAGCAGGUGUGUAAGAUGUGAAAAGACAUUCAUCCAAGUAAGCAAGUCUUGUGACUGCAACAGCCCAAACAUUCUAACUGGGGGGUUGUGUUUCUUGGCUCGUGAAGGCUUACCCCCAAAGGGAGUUGCAGCUGUUCGUUUUGCACAGCUGGGUAUAACACUGGCAUCAGCAUGGUUUCUGAAAAACCUUCAGUCCUCGGCCUUUUCCUGUUGGGUGUACUCUAAUCUGACAGCAUGCCAAGCUCUUGGAAAUAUGUGUGUGAUGAACAUGAACUCAUUGAGUUCUUCAAGUACUGAUGCCUGUGGUUUGUUUCAGUAUAUUUUUGUCAGUACAGCAAGGGUAGGCGUCAUUCAUUCAAUACCCUACUGGAGGCAUAAUCUUCCAUGGCUGUAUUAUGGUGACCAACCAGGAUUAGCAUCCCAAGUGCUUGAGAAAAAUCAUUUUCCUACAACCUUCACUUUUAAGGGAACAGAUAAGGAUGUAAAGCUGAAAUUUAUUGCAGCCUCAUUUGAUGCAGCAGGAAACUUUCUUAAGUGGCAAAGUUUGGAAGGAGGUCUCUUACAGCUUUGUCCUGAUACCCAAACUAAAUUGAACGCAGCUUAUGUUUUUGGAACAACUUAUCAACAAAAUUGCAAAAUUUCAGUUUCUAAGAUUUUGUUGGAUUUUGCUAAUCCAGUUUUUUAUGACCUGUUCCUUGAAUAUAAUGGUGGCAAUGGACAGCAACAUCUUUGGGCCGUGCCAGUUUUAAAUUUGAAUCUUCAAUACAAUGAAAAGUUUGUUAAUCAAGGCAGUAAUAUGAACAACUGGCUUUUGACUCGUCGAUUUUUUUUGGUGGAUGCACUUAGUGGAAAAGAGAAUGACUUGGGAAAACCACCAAGGGUAAUUCGGAUUGCUAGCAAAAUAACAAUAAGUAUCCAGCUGGUCUCCCAUACACAGAGAGGAACCAUCUACCCUCCUCUAAUUACUGUUGCUUACACAGAUGUGCUUAUACAAAACCCUGAAACCCAGAGUGUGAUGGUUUCAUUCGCAGUCAGCUAUGAGAUGAAUCAGAGAGAGGCUCAAAUUCAGACUGAUAUCGCACUGGGUGUGUUGGGUGGACUGGCAGUGUUAUGGUCUCUUCUCAAGACUGCAGGCUGGAAGAGGCGGACAGGAAGCUCUAUAAUUGACUUGCAGACAGUUUUCAAGUUCUUACUGUUCUAUGCUGGAGACCUUGCCAACGUUUUCUUUAUCAUCACAGUGGGCACAGGGAUUUAUUGGCUUGUAUUCUUCAAAGCUCAGCAGUUUGUAUCUGUUCUUUUACCUCUUCCAUCUCAAGAAGAAGAUUUUGUAACAUACAUAGCAUGUGCAUUUAGUUUAAAGGCUCUGCAGUUUUUACACUUGCUGGUUUCACAACUUGCUAUUGAUAUUUUCUUUAUUGACUGGGAAAGACCUAAGGGCAAAGUUCUUAAAGCAGUUGAAGGUGAAGGUGUUACUAAAAGUGCUGCUGCACCUGUGAGCAUAUGGAGGACAUACUUUAUAGCAAAUGAGUGGAAUGAAAUUCAGACAGUGAGGAAAAUAAAUCCUCUCUUUCAAGUGCUUGCAGUUCUUUUCUUUCUGGAGGUGGUGGGAUUUUCAAACCUGGCUUUAAUGGAUGCUUCUUCCAGUCUUACAAGAAGCAGUGAGAGCUAUGUAGCUCCUUGGAGCCGCAUUUUAAGAUUUGGGGUGUCUGCUGCACUCUGGGUAGCCAUUGCCAUCCUACAAGUUAUAUUUUUUGCUGUGAUUUAUGAAAGAUUUGUUGAAGAUAAGAUAGGCCAAUUUGUUGAUUUGUGUUGUGUGAGCAAUAUUUCAGUGUUUCUCUUGUCACACAACUGCUUUGGUCAUUAUAUCCAUGGUCGCUCAGUGCAUGGACAUGCAGAUACCAAUAUGGAAGAAAUGAAUAUGAACCUGAAGAGAGAAGCAGAAAAUCUGUGUAGUCAGAGAGGUUUGUUACCAAACACAGAUGGCCAGACAUUUCAGAUUUCCAUUUCAAGAAAAAUGCGACUAAACUAUGACUGGAUUCAUGAAACUUUAACAAGAAAACGUGGUCCUGCCAGGCUUUUGGACUCAUCUGCAAAUACUUUUGAACAAAGCACAAGGGCCUACAACGCCAUGAACAAAUUUCUCAGUUCUUUUAUUGAUCACGUUCAUAAAGAAAUGGAUUACAUUGUCAAAGAUAAGUUGCUGCUUGAACGAAUUCUUGGCAUGGAGUUCAUGGAACCAAUAGAGAAAAGUAUUUUUUAUAAUGAUGAAGGACACUCUUUCACUGAUGUCCUCUAUUAUGGCAAUGAAACAACACUGCUCAUCUUUGAUAUCCUGUUUUUCUCGGUUGUGGAUUUAGCUUCCCAAAGUUUUGUUUUAGCAGCUAUUCUAACAUACUUGCAACAAGAGAUAUUUAGGUUUAUUCGUAGUACACUUGGGCAGAAGAAUUUGGCAUCUAAAACCUUGGUGGAUCAAAGAUUUCUCAUUUAAUUGAGAAGAUGAAAAACUGUUAAGGAUUUAAUCAUGGAAAAUACGAACAUGAUCAAAGCGUCUCUGACCUGCAGAUUAAUUGUAGUGCACUUUUCAACAAUAACAAUGUAAGGGGUUUGAAACUUGUCAUUUUUUAUAUUUUGUGCUAUUAAGCUUUAUUUUUCUGUAUUUAUAGGGUUUUCGUUUUUAAUUUGUGAACACUAAGCCAUGGGUCUUUAAAAAGAAAGGUACAUGCAAAUAAGACAGAAGUAAACUUACUGUUAUUAUUAUUAGAAUAAGAUAAAAAUUAUUUUAUGGCUUUUGAUAAGAUAUGGACCACUGACUUUGAGGCAACAAAUUGAGCAUCUGAUUGACAGGAGAGGUUGCCAACUCUGAAAUUCUCUGAAAAUACCUUAAAUCUUUGUUCUUUUGUUAAAGUUAUUUUGAGGUGUAAUGUAUAGCAAAUAUAUGUCAAAUUUUACACAGCACAAGAUUUGUUUUAAGUUAGUAUUUCAGGAGGAAUUUUUAAAUAUCACUUAUUUGCAGCAACUUCCACUUGAAAUUUUUUAUGUUUCUGUCUUUUGUCAUACAGUAUUGUAUAAUUAUGUCUCUUCUCUUGGAGUUUAUCAUUGUUUUUCUUGGGUGUGGCCUACACAUGACAUCCCAAACAUGUAUUUGAGGUACAGUUGUGUUACAAUGAUGUAGAAAAAGAGGCUAUGAUAGAGCAGAGGCGAUGGCCAUCAGCAUUUGGGAUUUGUUCUUGAUCUUCUGUCUUGUGGUGCUAGAUGUUCAGAGAAACAACAGUAAUUAUUCUGUUCACUUUUUCCACACAAGUGAAAUGGAAGCAAUUUUUAAAAAUCUUUUUAGAAUUGUUGUCACAGGUGCUCAUGGUCUCUUAAUUUUCUGAUUUUAUUACCUUUAUAUAUAACAGAGACAUAAUAAUUUUACUGUCAUCAUAUUUUGGAAUUUAGAAAGAUUAAUAAUUACUCAAGUGCCAAGGGAGAUUGUGAAUGGCCUUCAAAUCACCUUAAACUGAGGUGUCUACCUCCCAUUUUUGUCACUAAAAAGUCUCCCUAUCUUUUUAUACUUAAUGUUUUUUCAGUAAAUAGUUAAACAUGAAUAGUGUUUGCUGGAUUUAUAGCUGUUACUUGUCUUUAGAUGACUCAACAAGGGACUUACAGGAGCAAAAACACCAGAAAAAUAUCAGUCACCAUCAUCUCAUGUUUAUUCUGAAACAGACUGAGGACAUGACUGGUUGAACUUUGCAGAUUUCCAGUGCAGAUAUGCUUAUCUGAGUUGAAGCAGCAUUGCAUUUCAGGUGGUUUUUGGCUUCAUAAAGAGGACCAUGUUCUCAUGUUGGUACCAUGUCAUAUCACACCAAACUGAGAGUAACAUGGACAUAAAUCUCACAGUAAAUCUCACAGUCGCUAUUGCUCCACUGCAUUUGCUUUUGGUGUUGCAAAGCCCGUGUCUCUUGCUACUCCAGUGUAGUUGUACUGAGUGAUAGAACGUGCCUGCCAGUAAGGCUGUGCUCAGAGAGAUAACUGAAAAGCUGAUUUGCAGUGGGACAUCCAUUUAUUAAUGUGCAGUUUAGCAUGGGCAGUUCCAUUUCAUGCUUUCCUUGCUUCUGUCUACUUGUGGACACAAUUCUUAGUUUGUUGGUACACACUAUGCCUCAGAAAAUGUGGUUUCUAAUAGAGUGAAGUGUUCAGGAUAAUAAAAUUAAGAUCGUUGCAUUUAUGGUGAAUGUAGUAAUUAAAGUGUCUGUUAGGUUUUGGAUCCGUUUAAACAGCCAAAAAUCAUAUUUCCACUGGGAACCAUGACUGUAUGACCACAUUAGUUGUGAGGUUUCUUGUCAGUGAUCUACUGAGAGCAGAAAGUGUAAAUUAAGCUAAGGAGCCAUCUGACAAAAUGUCUGCAGCAGGACAUUCACAAGGCAAAGUUAGCCUCAGCUGGUGUCCAUGUAUUUCUUUGGUGGAUAUCUUUGCAUAGCUUAACUAAACUUAAGUCCUUACAAGGCCCUGCAAAGUCAGUUCAUGAGAGGAAAUAAAAGUUUUGUCAUGUGACCAUGUUUACUCAAGCUAACAGAUGUGACUAAAGGGGUGUAGGGAGUUGCUGUGGUCCAUUAAAGAGCGAGGGUGACCCUGGUGCAGUGCCCUAAUACUGAUCUUUAGGCCAGGAGAACUGUGAAUAGAACGGCAUAUCACUGUCAGUGGUCACAGGCACAGGCUUUUCUCUCUGAAUUCUGGUGAUGUGUUCAUGAUCAUGAAGUGUUUCUAGUACCACACCUCAACCAUACCUUCUCCAGAGUGGUCAGAUUCAUGACCAACUCCAGUCAGAGUAAUUAAACUAACUAGACUUGGGUGAUGCAGAGAGUGUCUGAAAGCAGAGUGAAGAUGUGGUUGUGCCAUCUGUAGGUGUGUGCCAUGUGUAGGUGUAGGUCAGUUAAUUCGGUUUUCAUCAGUUCAGUACCUGCAGAAAUGGAGACGUUUCAGCUUGGGGGAUCUCACUCUGUACCCUGUUCUCAAUGCUUGUGCUAACCAGGUACAUGUCUCAUACAAAACUCCUGCUUUGAGUUUGCUUUAAUUAUGCUAUGUCUUUAAUUAUCUGCUGCACAGUAGGGCACGUGAAAGCUUUAAUGACCUUGCAUUUUGCAAGAACUACUGCUAAAAACAACUCUUUUUAACAGAUAAAUGAUAAGUUAAUCUAAAAACAUCCUGUCAAAACAAUUCGGUCACUUGGCCCUCUCUUUCUCCUCAGUGUACACACUACUCUGUUUUGUUUUAUUUUUCCAGAUCAUUUGUCUAAAAUGUUAAUUUUCCUAGCAUAGGCACUCUACAUGAUUUAGGAAAUAAUUACAGGAGUCAAAAGCUCCAGGAAUUCCAAGAAGCUUUUCCUCACUGUUGCUGUCCAGUGAACACUUGGAACAGGUUGGCUGAGCUUUGUUCCCCUACUCCUUGAUAUUUGUUCAGGAAAUAUCAAACUUGGUAUUUGUUCAAGAAAUAUCCGUUCUGGUUGUACUUCCAGCUUAAUGGUUUUUAUUUUUUUAACAUUAAUAUGGAUCUACGAUGUAUUGUUCAUGUGAUGAGUGUCUUUCAGGUUUCUAAAUGUUCUGUUUGCCCACCUGGCAUUUCAGUCUCUCCUGUCUGUUUCUCUGAGCAAUAAAAAAAAUGUCAAAGAUUUGA